AUGCUGUCCAAGGAUGUACCCGCAAGGAGGCGCGAUGCCGAGCUAGCAGCCCGCCAGAACGCCCUUGUGGAGGCUGUAGCAACUCCGGAGUGCUUUGUGGCCUUUGUGCGGCUGUUUCUGGGGCGGUUAACGACCUAUCACGAGGGCAACCGGAGGGCCUUGUCUUACAUCAGAAGGGCACAGGUGGCAACAGAGGAAGCCAGCCUGCACCUGGGAAAAAAGGGGGGAUUUGAUAGGGGAAGGGUAAUUGAGGCUGCCAUCACAGAGCUGCAGACGCUGGAGGCUGUUGUGACCCAGGAGGGCGGCAGUGAAGGGAUAGAAGAAGGGGAACUUUCAGAGGUGGAUGACUUGGACCUUGAGGACGUCAGGGCCAUUCCCCCUGCCUACUGGGCUGGCAGGUUCUUCUCGGGGUUGAUAAGAUAUCUGCGCGCAGCCAAGGGCGGCCUGAUCAGGCUGCGGUUCCACCUGGCGCAGCCCGACAGCCUCGGCAUCGCUCUCCUGGCGGCGGCUUCCUCGCAGCUGCUUUGCGCGCAGUUUGAGCUGGAUGGGCGCGGGUCUCUGGAGGUGUUCCCUGACUCAGCAGUCAUCUCCGUGUUUGAAUACAAAUCCUCACAGUCAGGGUUUCCAAAGGGCAAGCGCCAGCUGGCGGCGCGGCUGCAGGUGCUGAUGUGGGCGGUGCGCGUAUCCGGGGCAGUUCCCUCUGGCGUGCCCAUUACGGGCCGCGGGCACCUUUACCUGCCCGGAUACGCCCGUUUACGGCCCCAUGACAUCCAACUUGAUGGCGGCAGCAUGAGCAUCUCCAUCGCCUCGAUUUGA